AUUAUGGCUUUCUCUCUCUUGGUUCUAGAGAACUCUAGUGGCAUGCAUCCCUCUGUUGCUCCACCGUUCAUGGUGGAUUUGGUCCAUCCAAAUUGGUAUUGUGAUGGUUGUGUUCCUCUAAUUCAUUUCUUCUCUUCUAAGCCUUCUCUACUUCCUUUCUUUUCUCUCAUUAAUCCUUGCAUUUAUUGCUCUGAGGGAUAUAAUGAAUAUCCAUCCCAUCUUAAUAUCCUCUUUCAGAGCAUUAAAUGUGCAAAUCCCUCCCUCUUUCUUCUCAUCAGAUCUCCUCUCUUCUCGUUCUCUCUAUCUCUUUCUUCUUCCUCUCCCCCAAAUUUCAUCAUUACUAUAUUUAAACACUUUGGGUUUUGGAAAAUGGAGGCGGAGCUUGGGUUUAAUGAUGAUUUGAAGCUUCAAAUCAUCAUUUUUCCUACCAGGUCUAGGAUUUGGGACAAGAUGGCUAGAUCCUUCAGGCGAUCACAAAGGGCUUUCUGGUUUUACCUAUUUAAGGGAAGAUCAAGAUUUGCUCUUCAUCCAAAGGAUAUGUUUGCUUGGUGUCAAAGCUUUCUUUUGCAGUACCUGGAUGCGAAACAGACAAGAUUUAUUCCUACAUUUCAGGGUGAUCAAAGUCCCUUGGAUUUGGAUCGGUGUCCACCAGGCAGGUACAAGGUUUUCACAGAUGCAGCUAUUGAUACUGGGAAGCAGGUUUUUAGCCUUAGUGUGGUGGUGAAGAAUGAUUCAGAUCAAGUGGUGGCUGGGUUGGUGAAACCAGUUACUGGGAUAAUUCCUCCAGUUAUAGCUGAAGCUAAAGCUGUUUCUCUUGCAGUAGCUUGGACGAAAAUGAUCAAUUUACCUGUUCAUGUUCUUUUUUCGGAUUGUAAGAUUGUGGUGGAUAAGAUUAAUAAAUGUAAUUGGAAUAAUAGUGUUUGUGAUGAUGUAUUAAUUGAUGUUUACAACUCUUUGUCCUUCAAUCCUAGGCCUAAAGUUGUGUUUAUUAGGAGAGAUGAGAAUACUCAUGCUCACAAUUUAGCUAAGUUAGGUUUAGGAUUAGACAGGAAGUUAUUAUGGAAUGGUUCUUUACCUUCCUUGUAAGGACUUGUUUGCUUUGUACUUCUUUUUCUAUCAAUGAAGCUUCAAGUUCCAGUCAAAAAA